AUUACCAAUUUCUAUUCCAUUAACAACUGUUUAAUCAACUGUUUAAUCACUUCAGUCAAUCUCAGCAAAUAAGCAGCGUACAUAUCCACCGGAUAUUUCGGCGCAAUGAAGGCCGCAGUGAUUCUUCUCGCCUGUGUUGCUUCGUGCUUUGCCAGCCCGGUUAAGCGGGCCGCCGGCGACCAACAGCCUCAGGUCUGGGAUGCCCUAGCCCAAAACUCUGGCAAGGGAAAGCUCUCCAUUGACGAUGCCCGAGACCUGUACAUUAAUGCCAAAGCCGGUCAGGAUUACCCCAUCCUCAGCGAGAUCCCUGCUGGAAACUUCGACUGUGGCUCCGUCAAACCUGGUUUCUAUGCUGAUGUUGAUAACAAAUGCCAAGUCAUCCGACGAUGCGACAUCAACGGAAACCAAACCGCUUAUCUGUGCCCCAACAUGACCAUCUUCAACCAAAUCACUCUGGUCUGCGAUUGGUUCUACAAUGUCGACUGCAGUCAGGCGAAGAAAUGGUACGACUACUCCAACAGUCGUCUGUACCAGGGCGCUGAUGUGCCUCUGCUGGACAACCAGGACCAGAUUGCCGAAGACCUCGGUGCCGUGAAGCCAGCCGCCGCUGCUAAGCCCGCUGCCAAGCCGGCCGCUAAGCCCGCCCCGAAACCAGCCCCCGCUAAGCCUGCGCCCGCUGCCAAAGCAACAACCGCUGCCGCGACCACGGCUGCCCCGGCUGAAGAGACCACUGCUGCUGCCGAAGGUGGAGAGUCGUCGGCUGCUCCCGCUGAAGAAACCACCGCCGCUCCCGCUGAAGCCGGAGAAUCCUCGGCCGCCCCUGCUGAAGAAACCACCGCUGCUGCCGCCGAAGGUGGAGAAUCCUCUGCUGCUCCCGCCGAAGAAGGCGAGACCACCGCGGCACCGGUUGAGGGUGGAGAGUCCUCGGCUGCGCCGACGGAAGGCGGUGAAUCAUCGGCCGCUCCGGCUGAAGGUGGAGAAGCCACGACUGCUGCUGCUGAGGUUAAGCGAGCCGCCGGCGACCAGAAGCCUGGCGUCUGGGAUGCCCUGGCCCAGAACUCUGGCAAGGGGAAGCUCUCCAUUGAAGAUGCCCGAGACCUGUACAUCAACGCCAAAGCCGGUCAGGAUUACCCCAACCUCAGCGAGAUCCCUGCUGGAAACUUCGACUGUGGCUCCGUCAAACCUGGUUUCUACGCUGAUGUUGAUAACAAAUGUCAAGUUAUCCGCCGAUGUGACAUCAACGGCAACCAGACCGCCUAUCUGUGUCCCAACAUGACGAUCUUCAACCAAAUCACCCUCGUGUGCGACUGGUUCUACAACGUUGACUGCAGCCAAGCGAAGAAAUGGUACGACUACUCCAACAGCCGUCUGUACCAGGGCGCUGAUGUGCCACUGCUGGACAACCAAGACCAGAUUGCCGAAGACCUCGGUGCCGUGAAGCCAAUCCAGGCUGGCCGUGUGUUGAUCCCCAGCAGCAAGCCAUCAAAGCCGGCGCCCGCUAAGCCCGCACCGGCCAAGCCCGCUCCGGCCGCUAAAGCGACCCCUGCCGCCCCGGCUGAGGAGGUUUCUACUGCCGCUCCUGCUAGCGAGGAAACCCCGGCGCCGGCUGGUGGUGAAGACACGACUGCCGCCGCUGCUGACGCAUCCCCUGCUGCGGCCGCUACUGCUGAAGAAACAACCGCUGCAGCUGCCGGUGGUGAGGCGUCCGCUGCCCCCGCCGCUGCUGAAGAUACAACGGCGGCUGCUGGUGGUGAGGCGUCCGCUGCCCCGGCCGCUGAGGAGACAACAGCUGCCGCUGCUGGUGGUGCUGAGGAAACCACUGCGGCCGCCGGUGAAGCCACCUCCGCUGCCGCUGCAGGUGGCGAAGAUACAAGUGCCGCCGCUGCCGGUGGUGAGGAAGCAGCGACCGUUGCUGCUGCUGCGGGAGGAGAAGAAAGCACUGCCGCUGCUGCUGAAUAAAUUUGUUAUAAAGUUCGGUAUUGUAUGAUUAUGCAAAGUCAUUACUACGGGGUUGAACGGAUUGUUAUUUCUCCAGAGGCAGGCAGGUGUCGCUGCCGCACCACUGUGUAACUUUUAUCUGCGAUAUAAAUAUGUGCUCAAUAAUCCAGCUGCUGGCUCUCGUCUUAGCUUGCUGUAAUUUUUAAAGAGACAUGAAAGUAAGUAUAUGA